AUGUGCUAUAUCUUUAACGAUGCACUAAAGAAGUUAAGGGUAGUUAGGUGUUGCCGAGAGAGGAGGUUUUGAUUGCGUUUCAGACAGAAAUGAAUGAGUGCAGGUAGCUGCUAAAUGUUAAGGAAAGGAUCAUGAUUUGUCGUCAGCGAUGGCACAUCUUUAACGUUGGUGUCAUAGUGGGAUUUCUAUGUGCCUAUGCAUUUGUCCACUAUGGCUUCAGUAGAAAUGUUCUCUUCCAGUCAGUGGCCCAGAAAUCCAUGGAAAAUGCUGAUGAUCGAAACUGGAGACUAGAAAGAUCUGCACUUUUCCGUUUAUCUCACCCACACCACUCAGGAGAAGAUAGCAGCUUGUCCGAUGAUUUGUACAAUAAAAUCCGAAUCCUGUGCUGGGUUAUGACUGCACCUGGGAAUCUGGAAACAAAAGCAAAGCAUGUUAAAGCUACUUGGUCCCGCCACUGUAAUAUUGUCUUAUUCAUGAGCUCUGUCACAGAUAAUGACUUCCCAGUCAUAGGUUUAAAUACUACAGAAGGAAGGGAACAACUGUACUGGAAAACUAUUAACGCCUUCCAUUAUGUUCAUAAGCACCACAUUGAUGAAGCAGACUGGUUCUUAAAGGCUGAUGAUGACAGUUUUGUCAUAGUGGACAACUUGAGAUGGCUUCUGUCCAACUACACUGCUAGUCAGCCUAUUUAUUUUGGUAAGCGGUUUAAACCAUAUAUAAAGCAGGGAUACAUGAGUGGGGGUGCAGGAUAUGUCCUCAGCAAGGAGGCUGUUAUACGUUUUGUCGAAGGUUUCAGGACAAAAGUAUGUACACACACAACCUCAACUGAGGAUGUAGCCAUUGGAAAAUGCAUGGAGAAUGUUGGAGUGGAGGCCGGAGAUUCCCGUGAUACAGAAGGAAGAGAAACAUUUCACCCCUUUGUCCCAGAGAGUCACUUGGUUGGAAAAAUUGAUAAAUCCUUCUGGUACUGGAAUUAUUGCUAUUACCCAAUUACAGAGGGACCUCAGUGCUGCUCAGACUUAGCAAUAUCAUUCCAUUAUGUUGAUCCCUUACUAAUGUAUGAACUGGAGUACCUAACUUAUCACUUACGACCUUAUGGCUAUCAAUACAGAUACCAAGCUAUCGUACCAGAGAAGGCAAAGCUGCUUGUAGCCCAUCCAGCAAAGGAAACCAAUAUCAAAGUGCAGCGAAGACGAAUGAAUUCUAACCACACCAUCAAUAUGAAAGAUGCAAAACAAAAUGAGAAGGAAUGAAACUAUAACAGUGAAACAUUCUCUGGAGUAAGUCUGCAUCGCUCGUGGUUCGGGGAAGUGCAUUGCACUUGAAAAUAUUGCAUGUUGAUCUUUAUGCUCAGUGGUCACCGAAACAUUAAGUUCAACAUAAUGUCUUUAUCCCCAGCUUCAGUGUCACAGCUUGUUCAGAUUAGGUAGAUCUGGGGAAUGCAGAAACCAUGUUUGGUUUUAAAAUCUACCCUUUUUUUUAGCCUUUUUGUGUGGUGGACAUGGUUGUAUUAGAAUGGUGAAGGUUUCAGGAUGGGAAUAAGCUUGUGGGGAGGGUGGCACAGUAGUAUUGGGGAGGGUGACACAAUCGUGCAUCAGCUGGCAGUACUGCCUCACAACACUUGGUACGUUGGUGUCAUUCAUACCUACCUUGGGUGUCUUUUGGGCAGAGCUUGUUUGUCCUUUCCAGGUCUUCAUGGGCUUUUCUUAAGGUUUCUGGUUUCUUCUUACAUCCCAAAUGCAUGCUGAUAGGUGAAGUGGCAAUCCUUCAGAUUGCCUGUAGCUUUGUGCUUGUGUGUGCUCAUCUGCAUGCAUUCUAUGAUAGCAUAGUGUCUUGUCUGGGACUGGUUCCAUACCUUGCACUCAUUGCUUACUGGGACAGGCUGUGGUUCUCAUGCAGGUUUGUAAAGGAUAAAGUGGACUUUAGAAAAUGAAUGAAAUUAGUAAAGCAAGAAGUCAGUAGGUAAUGUGAGCAUCUGUUUUAAGCCUUUUGGAUGUAGUUUACCCAUGAAACUAGGGCAACUUUACCAAGCUAAUUUACUAGUGAGUGACUGGGUAAAAACAAAUCCCACACCACCUUACUCAUGAGUGCUCAACUGAACUCUGACUAUAAUCCUUAUUACCUGUCCCUGAUCCUAGUACUAAAGAAGACGCACCUUACACAGACCCUAAUACUAACCCUAAGUCCCCUUGCUAGGGAUGGUGAAGAUAGCAUCACUAUUAACAGCACUGUGUUAUUAACAGCACUGUGUUUAUACCUGUCAAUCAAACUCACCAAGACAGAUGGCAGUGACAGAGAAGAUGGGGCAGGAAGAAGUUUAAUAAAUUAUACUGUGACUACUAUUUUUAGUAGGGUGGGUGCAGUACUGGUAGACCAUCUGGCAAGCUAGUGAUAACGGUUACCCCUACAGAAAUUGAAUCCAUGUUUAAUGGUAGCGAUGAUACAUGCUCUAUACACAGUUUUCAACUGAAAUACUGUAUGUGGACACUACAUGGUAGCAUGAAAGCACAUUGCUCACAGGUUUGAAUUAAGGUUUUAGAAAAACAUGCAAGUUUUUUUUUUUUAUCAAACUGCCAUAUUGUAGAACUGUUGGAGACCUUUCUUGCUGAUCUGUUUCUUUCAGGAAAAUAUGCUUCAAAAUAGUGUGCAUGUUAAAAUUAUACUGGUACACAGCAAGAAUGCAUUUUGUUGAAUGAGUGGGGAUAUUUCUAAAGCAUAGAAACUGUAUAUUAGGUCUGUUGACAUUUGUAUGAUAAGACUGAAAAUGUCACAAAUAGUUCAUAUCGGGCAUGCUUGGGCCUCAGAGUCUACCAAUGCAAAAUACCUGAUUCUGUGGCUUUAAGAAUAUUCUGCAUUGGAGAUGGAUCACAAGCAUGUAAUCAAGCAACGCAUAUGUCAUUUAUUUGCUUAAAUUUGUGUGGAUAACCUUUCAUUCACUGGUAUGUACAGUAAUAAUUCAUUCAGCUUUAGACAUUUUGAAAUUAACUUUAUAGCCCUUUGUCUUGGUGAUGAUACAAUAUCUGUUAAGCUGCUUCACCCAGAUUUUGCACAUAGCAGCGCUGAGAAAGAAUACAGCAAUUUGAUUCAUGUCAGUGGAAGAUACACAAGACAUCCCCCUACUGACUGAACAUGUAGGGUUUUAUCAGGCAAACACAAUACUUCCCCACUGAACUUUCAGUCUUAACCACUGUUGUGAUCAUUGUUUUCUAGUGUAGUUUGGUAACACAAAAAACUGAAUAGUGAUUUGUAAAUGUCCUCACAGUCACAGUGAAUGUGCUACUAUGUACUGCAUUGGAUAAUGUGAUAGAAAUGAAUCAAAGCCAAAACCUCAUGUUUGAUUUUAGUUUAUUUGAACACUACUGUCUUUUCUUCAUACCACUGUUUGUCAGAGAAAGAUUUUUGGGGUAUUCUCAUGGGUAGUUUGAGGUGCACAUGCCUCAUUAAUUGAGAAUACACAACUGAAGUAUAUGCCUGGAUAACACUGAAUACCUACACAAGUGUACCACUGAAGAAUUUUUGACUGUUAAUGGCUUUGCACCAGACUUUAAAUUUUUCCCUCAUCAAUCGUUCCUCUGGAGGCAUGUGCAACAGAUUCUUUCUUGCACUAGCAUUGCAAAGGCAUAUAACUGUACCCUGAUAAGUAAUGAUGGAAUGUUUGUUAAAUGUGUUAAAACUGCAAACUGCUAAAAGAAAAAAAAAUAAACAGUUUUGUAUAUACAAACAAUUUCUGGUUUCAAGUCGUGACUGGAAACUGAACUACAGUCAUUUCUAGAACAUUGCUUGGUAUAUUAAGCAUAAAUAUUUACCUUGUG